AUGCCUCUUCAAAUCCUCCUCGCGCAUACGGGCCAGCGCCUGCACACCGAUCCCGGGACGUUUGCAUCGCUGGAUGCUUUCAAAACUUGGGUCGCCGGCCAUAGCUCCAUUUCCCCACAGGAUCAUAUUGCUUUGACUACUCAGGGAAAGCCGGUGCGCUUCCAGGCGUUAUCUGUAGAGAAGGAGAUUUUCGUAUACGAUCGACGAAUAGUUCAACCCCUAUCCCCAACAUCUGCGAAGGCCUUUCAGUCCGAGAUACCGUUGCCGCCGAAAUAUAGCCCCGGCAAAGUCCCCGAUACGAUCGCCGACCAGAAUGAUCUACAAGCAUGGAAGGAUUUAUUUAUGACCCGCAGGUCAUGGGCCUUGGAGGUGGUGGACGACUGUGCGGCCAUGUCCCAGGAAGCCCAGGAGAGAUACAAGGAGACGGAAGUUCUAGUCCGCGGUGUUGAUGCUGCAGUGUAUAAUCUGGAGAAGCAUGUCAAGGCGCUGGAUCAGAAGAAUGCGGAUAUCCAGGCUUGGUCGAAGGAUAUUCAGAAGGAGCAGGAACUGGCUGGCACGGAUUGGGAGGCGUCCAUGGCUAGAUUACGCGCCCUGCCAGCUGCUACCGACAUGAUUAAGUUCAUCACCGGACGGGAUCCGCGGAGAAACCAGCCGAGCCCUACUUUAGAAGAUUUGGUCGAUGUAGAAGAUGUCAAGAGAGCUGGGAAACUCGUUCGCCAUAUCAGCACGCAACUAAACCGGAACAGUGCCGACCUCGGGACGAAGGUCGAUUCAGUCCUAGGGAAAAUCGAUGGCUUGUUUGAUAAAGUGGAAAGCAAUCCUGCGCGGACGGCAUUUGGGCGCGUGGCCGAACCUAUGCAAUUAAUGGAAGACAUCGAAGCCAUUGCCAGGAAGGUUAGUAGUGACUAUGAGACUGUCCUAGGAUACUCAAAUACUGCCAAAAAUGUCUCGCAAGCUUCUAGAUCUGCCCUGCUUCAUACGAAGAACUUCCUUCCGAAUAUCUUAAAGAGAUCUUUGGAGAUGGAUGGACUUUUGCGGCUGGCUACAGAGGCACGCAAUGCCAUGGCUUCUGAUUCCCUCGAUGCAAUGCACGAGAUUGCCUCCCUGACCGCCCUGGUUGCUGAGGCUAAUGCUCAGUUCGCCGCCCUCGAGCUAGAUGGCGAUGGAUUUGAUGCUAUUCAUUUGCUGGGCAUGUUAAAUACAUUACCCGUCACUUAUGCUUCGUUCAUGGCCGAGGCAGUUAGACGGAGGGAGUGGAACGAGAAAAUCAGGUCGGAUUCAUCUACUCUGGUGAACGAGAUGGCAACCUUUCAGGAUGAAGAAGCGAGACGUCGCAGGAAAUGGCAGAAGUCUACUGGGGCUACGUUGUGGGGCGACAGGAUUGAACGGAAAGUCAUGGGGCUGGAAGUCAAUCUCCAUGGAGAGGAGGAUGAAUGGCCCGAAGUGGCGAGGUCGGAUCUGGAUGAGCUCCUAGAAACGAUGAAGACCCACGAUCCAAAAUCACUGAUUGUUACGGACCUAACCAAGAUUAUUACCGAUCUCAACAACCCUACAAAACAGCAAAGUAAGCGGGCGAGGGCGUUCAAAGCCGGUAGUAUCCACGAAGCAGCACUAGGUAGAAGCGCACUCCUAGUUCGCGGCGAUGAUGAGUUGAUGAGGGUUCUACAAGAAGAGAAGCACAAGGUCGAGAAUAAGCUCAAGACUGCCGAGAGUCGGGUGCGAAGACUUGAAGACUUACUCCACCGACAGUCUCAUCUCAGUCAGAACUCCAGUAGGAAUGUCUUUCAGCUGCCGGGUUAUACGAGCCCUGAUGCUCAGACUAGUGCAAACCCUUUGGCUUCUCCACGCCCGAACGAUGACCAAUCUCGAAGGUCAUCGAUGUCGUCUCGGCGGUUUUCAGCGAAUCAAGGCGCCGAGGAGAAAGUGUUCCAGCAAAAGCUGCUUUCGCUGGAGACCGAGCUCAAUGCAGAGCGUGAAAAGACCGCAGGCAUGAAGAAGGAGAUCACUUCUCAGAAGACAGCGUCAGACGAUAUGAAAGCACAAAUUGAAGCGGCAAAUUCAACCAAGCAGGACCUCUUGGAAAAUUUCGAGGCCCAGCAACGUGAAUUCAUCGAGGAACGUAGGUCUCUGGAAGAGGAGAUCAAGCGCUUGAAAGCAAAAUUGGAAGAGCUUGAGGACGAGAUCGACCGCUAUGUUGGAUCCCGUGAGCACGAGAAGGCGAGCGUGGAUGAGCGUGUGAGAAGUCUGCAAGAUGAACUUGAAAGAGUUCGGAAGGAGCAUGUAGCAGAAGCUCAGAAGGCCCAGGGUCAAGUAGAGUUCCUCCGGAACGACUCAAAGCUACAACGGGAAACGAACGAGGCUCUCGAAAACCAAAUACAAAAGAUGCAAGAGGAGAAUAGAGAGUUCCAAGCCAGAGCAGAGGAAGCUGAAUCGCUAGCUGAAGAGCAGCGCAAGGUUUUACAUGAUGUGCAUUCACAUUUGUCUCCUGUUGCUCCUGUUCCUGAUGACCUUCCUGCCCUCGCUGAAGCUCUAGCGACCUUGCCUGGAGAUUUGAUUGCGGAGCUCGAGUCUGUCAAGAGUGAUGCGACUAUAGCCAGAUCAGACCGAGACGCUGCGCAAAAUACCAUCGCUGAGCUCAAGUCAGAGCUCACAGAAACUAAGGAUGGUUUGGCGAAGGAAGAAUCUGUGGCUUUGCAGCUUCGUGAAGCGUUGGAUGCCGAGAAGGCUAGGUUUGCAGCCUUCGAGGAGGAGCUGGAAGGCGAGCGCUCCGAGCUGACCUCACUGAGGACCAGGAUUGCCGAUGGCGAGACGGGUUCAGAAGCGCUCCGUAGUCGUCUGGAGGAACGGGAGCGCAAGGUCACAAGCUUGGCAGAGGAUCUUGCUUCUCAUCAAUCUCAAGUAGGAAGUUUAGAAGAAGAGCUCCGAGCUUUCCAGGAGAAGCAUCAAUCCGUACAGACGAAGCAUGAAAGCCUGGCCACUAGAUUCGAAGCACGAACGUCACGGGCCAAAGAUCUUACACAGCGUGUUUAUGCGCAGAACGACCGACUAUGCAGGCUCCUUGAGCGGCUUAGUUAUUCUGUCACCAGAGAUGGUAGUACAAUGACUAUUCAACGGAUACCAAAACCCGAACGGGCUAAUGCGAAUGAUUCUUCUGAUCCUGGCUCGUCUUUGCGGAAAAGCAUUUCAGGUGCCGUUACUAGAAAGGCGAUGGUGGAUAGUGGUGAUCUUGAUUUACUCUACUGGAUGCACAACGACGAUUCGGAGGCUGAGUCGGAGAAGUAUGAAGCGUACCUCAAUGCAAUUGGGAGUUUCGAUGUCGAACAAUUUUGCGAGCUCAUCACCAAGCGAAUCAAGGAUAUAGAAUACACGGCCAAGAAAUACUCCAGAGACGCCCGCGCCUAUCGGGAGAAGUCACACAUGGCCCAGAAAGAGGCGCAUGAGAAAAUCGCCUAUAAGCAUUUCAAAGAGGGCGAUCUGGCGCUCUUCCUCCCUACCCGUAAUCAAGCGACGGGCGCGUGGGCGGCGUUCAACGUCGGGGCACCCCAUUACUUCCUCCGUGAGCAAGACUCACAUAAACUGCGGACUCGGGACUGGCUGCUUGCUCGUAUUCACAAGAUCGAGGAUCGGGUGGUGGAUCUCUCUAAAUCGAUGUCUGGCAAUGCCGCCGAUAGAAAGUCACUCGGCGGCGAUUCCUUCGAAGACGAUAAUCCAUUUGAGCUCUCUGAUGGCUUGCGCUGGUACCUGAUCGAUGCUUCGGAAGAGAAGCCCGGCGCGCCCUCUACGCCGGGACUAGGAAAGAGCACUGUUGCGAGCGCAAACAUCGAUGCCACCGGUAGUAUACGUCGCUCGAAGAAAUCGUCAAGUGGAGGUGUCGAGGGCAUCAAUAAAACUCUCAGCAAGAGUCUAGACAGUCGACGCAGCAGCAGUAACUCGAAGAAAGCCGUUCCUGGAGCUAGCUCACUUGUCAAGACUACCUCCACAACCGCUGAUUCCUCGUCCCUAAAAGCUGUCUCCACGACGAGUAUCCAACCUCCGGGCGAAGCCUCCGAAGAUCCCCAGCGCGAAAGCGAACAGGGGAAUACGAAUGGAGUAAGCGAACAGGCUGCAAAUCCCCCCGAGGAUCCUCAGGGCAGUCAGACACCAACAGGAACAACCAGUCACCCAGAAGCAUCCGCGACAACAACACCCCCCGCGGGAACGAGUCCCGGCAAGAAAUCUGUUAUCUGGGAUUCGCUUUGGAGUCUUGAUCUUAGUCUUGAGAGCGGGAGGAAUAAGAAGUAA